ACGCACCAAUCAGACUUCACCUAAGAUAAAAGAGAGCCGUUUCUAAGCUAAAAGAUAGAUGGGCGACUUCACCUAAGAUAAAAGAGAGCCAUUUCUAAGCUAAAAGAUAGAUGGGCGACUUGACCUUCCCUGCUACUGCAGCGACGCCACAACCUGCAGGUCCAGGCCCGCUGUGCCGCCUCAGCUUCGCCCACUUGGCCGCCUCGCCCCUCUGGUUCCCUCCCUCUCCUACCGACGACGACGCCAUGGCAGAGGAAGAGCAGCGGCCGGAGGCGCCGAAGGUGGGAGGGGAAGCGGCGGCGGACGAGGUGGAGGACAGGAUGGACCUGCUGUGGGAGGACUUCAACGAGGAGCUGGGGGGUUCGUGCUGCGACGGGUUGGAGCCGUCGUCGUCGGACGCGGAGUCGGAGCGGUUUGCGCCGCAUGGGUGCGCGCCGGUGCUGCGCCCGUCGUCGAGGGCCGGCGGGGCGGGACAUUACCGCCGCCGGGCCGGCAGCUGGGUGCUGCUCAUGAGGAUCUUCAGGAGGCUCUUCGUCAUCGACAAGACCAUCUCGGCGGCCGCCAGGCAACACGCUACCAGGGCACGGUGAUGCAUGCAUCCGGUCCGGCCGAUGCAUAUUUAUUUCCACACUAUGCAAUUGCUUCCAGGAGUUUUUUUUUUGGGAAAGAUCAAAUGCUUCAAGGAGUACAGGAGCCUGCAAGAAUCAUGCAUGCCUGUGAUGCAAAUGACAACAAAAUUAUACUCCACUAGAAAUACUAGUAAUAAGUGUUCUUGAUGGUGUAAAUAGGGCUCCGCAUAUACAGAGAAAAUAGUACCAUACUGCCACUCCAUUUUUCUUUCUUUCUUUCUUUUUU